UAUUUCCGAGAGCUCCUGAAUGCACCAGCAGCAGCAGGCUGACUGGCUCGGUGAAGAUGGCGGACUGUAUACGUGUUCCUCUGCCCCUGCUCCUGCUUUUGAUGUGCAUCUUGUCGUCUUUGCAUCCAAUUGAAGGAGACAUCAACGGUGUCGCUAAACUCGCUGCGAAAUCCGAUAACUUACCGAACCCGGCUGGAGGUCUGGGGCCAGCUGCGGUGAACCCGGGAGCCGCUGAGAGGAACCCGGGGGCCGGGGCCUCGCUGCCUCGGCGGCGCUCUGCCGGCUGGAAGUUGGCUGAGGAGGCGGUGUGUAGGGAGGACCUGACCCGGCUUUGCCCCAAACACUCCUGGAACAACAACCUGGCGGUGUUGGAGUGUCUACAGGACAGAAAGGAGGAAACAGAGAUUGCUGCAGAAUGCAACCAUCUGCUGUGGAACUACAAGCUGAACCUGACCACCGACCCAAAGUUUGAGUCUGUAGCCGUGGAGGUCUGCAAGAACACCAUCUCAGAGAUCAAAGAAUGUGCGGCAGAGGAGUUGGGGAAAGGCUACCUGGUGUCCUGUCUGGUAGAUCACCGUGGAAACAUCAGCGACUACCAGUGCAACCAGUACAUCACCAAGAUGACCACCAUCGUCUUCAGCGACUACCGGCUAAUCUGCGGCUUCAUGGACAAGUGCAGAGAGGACAUCAACACCUUGCGCUGCGGCAGCAUCAGCACCGGAGAGAAGGACAUCCACUCGCAGGGCGAGGUGAUCGCCUGUCUGGAGAAAGCUUUGGUGCGAGAAGCCGAGGAGCAGCCGGGGGCUCACCCCAUCAAAGACGAGUGUAAGAAGUCCAUCAUGAGAGUGGCGGAGCUCUCCUCAGACGACUUCCACCUGGACCGUUACCUGUACUUCGCCUGCCGCGAGGACCGAGAGCGCUUCUGUGAAAACACUCUGGCCGGAGAAGGACGAGUUUACAAAUGUCUCUUCAAUCACAAGUUUGAGGAAGCGAUGAAUGAGAGGUGCCGCGAGGCGUUGACCACCCGGCAGAAACUCAUCGCUCAGGACUACAAGGUGAGCUACUCGCUGGCCAAAGCCUGCAAGUCCGACCUGAGGAAAUACCGCUGCAGCGCUGACUCCAAUAUGCCGCGAGCCCGAGAAGCUCGCCUGUCGUACCUGCUGCUGUGUCUGGAGUCUGCAGUCCACAGAGGCCGCGUGGUGAACGGCGAGUGUCAGGGCGAGAUGAUGGAUUACAGGCGGAUGCUGAUGGAGGAUUUCUCUCUGAGUCCGGAGAUCGUGCUGCACUGCCGCAGCGAGAUCGAGGGUCACUGCUCCGGCCUGCACCGAAAAGGACGCACGCUGCACUGCCUGAUGAGGGUCGGACGAGGAGACAUGGGAGCCAUCGACCCCAAUUGUCAGAAAGCGCUCCAGACUCUGAUCCAGGAAGCCGACCCCGGAGCAGACUACCGCAUCGACCGAGCGCUCAACGAGGCCUGCGAGUCAGUCAUCCAGACUGCCUGCAAACACAUCCGUAAUGGAGACCCCAUGAUCCUGUCGUGUCUGAUGGAGCAUCUGUACACGGAGAAGAUGGUGGAGGACUGUGAGCACAGGCUGCUGGAGCUGCAGUACUUCAUCGCCAGAGACUGGAAGUUGGAUCCCAUCUUGUAUAAAAAAUGUCAGGGGGACGCCGCUCGCCUCUGCCACACUCCCGGCUGGAACGUGACGAGUGAGAUGAUGCCGCCUGGCGCCAUUUUCUCCUGCCUGUACCGCCACGCCUACCGCUCUGUGGAGCAGGGACGGAGGCUCCCCGAUGGAGCAUCUGAAGCAGAAACCAAGGGAGUGACUCUCUCCAGGGACUGUAAGGUGGAGGUGCAGCGGAUUCUCCACCAGAGGGCGCUGGACGUGAAGCUGGACCCUGAGCUGCAGAAGCGCUGCAUGACUGACCUGGGGAAGUGGUGCAGCGAGAAGACAGAGGCCGGCCAGGAGCUGGAGUGUCUGCAGGAUCACCUGGAGGAUCUGGUGUCCGACUGCAGAGACGUGGUGGGGAACCUGACGGAGAUGGAGUCAGAGGAUAUUCAGAUUGAGGCGCUGCUGAUGAGAGCCUGUGACCCCAUCAUCCAGGCCCACUGCCACGAGGUGGCUGAUAAUCAGAUCGACACCGGGGAUCUGAUGGAGUGUUUGGUUCAGAACAAACAUCAGAAGGAGAUGAACGAGAAGUGUGCGGUGGGAGUGACGCACUUCCAGCUGAUUCAGAUCAAGGAUUUCCGUUUCUCCUACAAGUUCAAGACGGCGUGUAAGGAGGACGUCCUCAAACUGUGUCCCAACAUCAAGAAGAAGGUCGACGUGGUGAUCUGCCUCAGCACCACGGUGAGGAACGACACCCUGCAGGACGCCAAGGAGCAGCGCGUGUCCGUCAAGUGUCGCAAACAGCUGCGGGUGGAGGAGGUGGAGAUGUCUGAGGAUAUCCGCCUGGAGCCCGAGCUGUACGACUCCUGCAAGCAGGACAUCACCAGACUGUGUCAGAACAUCGCCUUUGGAAACGCACAGGUAAUCGAGUGUCUGAAGGAGAACAAACUUCAGCUGACUCAGCGCUGCCACCAGCGGAUCUUUAAGCUGCAGGAGACGGAGAUGGUCGAUCCUGAGCUGGACUACCAGCUGAUGAGAGUCUGCAAGCACAUGAUCAGGCGUUUCUGCACGGAGUCGGAGGGAAAGAAUGUCCUUCAGUGUCUGAAACAGAACAAGAACAGCGAGCUGAUGGACCCCAAAUGUAAACAGACGAUCACCAAGAGACAGAUCACCCAGAACACAGACUACAGGCUGAACCCGGUCCUCAGGAAGGCGUGUAAAGCCGACAUCCCCAAGUUCUGUCAGCCGAUCCUGAACAAGGCGACGGCGGACAGCGAGCUGGAGGGUCAGGUCAUCUCCUGCCUGAAACUGAAAUAUGCCGACCAGCGUUUGUCUCCAGACUGUGAGGACCAGAUCCGGGUCAUCCUGCAGGAGUCAGCACUCGACUACAGACUGGACCCUCAGCUGCAGCUGCACUGCACUCAAGAGAUUUCCACGCUGUGUCCCGAGGAGGCGGCAGCUCAGGAGCAGACGGGGCAGGUGGAGGAGUGUCUGAAGGUGAACCUGCUGAAGAUCAAACAGGAAGGAUGCAAGAAGGAGGUGUUGAACAUGUUGAAGGAGAGUAAAGCGGACAUCUUCGUCGAUCCUGUCCUCCACACGGCCUGCGCUCUGGACAUCAAACAUCAGUGUGCAGCCAUCCCACCUGGCAGGGGGCGCCAGAUGUCGUGUCUGAUGGAGGCGCUGCAGGACAAACGUGUUCGUCUGCAGCCCGAGUGCAAGAAGAGACUUCAGGAUCGCAUUGACAUGUGGAGCUACGCUGCCAAGGUGGCUCCCGCUGAGGGUUUCUCAGACCUCGCCAUGCAGGUGAUGACAUCACCAUCCAAGAACUACAUCCUGACUGUGAUUGGUGCGGGCGUGGCGGUGCUCUUCCUGAUGGGGCUCCUCUGCGGCAGAAUCACCAAACGCGUCACUCAGGAGCUGAAGGACAGGUAGACCCCGCCCACUCCGGGGUCAGGACACGCCCAUGGGAGAAACAACCACAGCUGAAAAAAAAAAACAAGAAAACCUCCCCCCCUCCUCGUCAAAACACUCCCACCCUGGGCUCUUUUUUUUCUGCAAUCGCCGGAAUGACAUUACCCACAAUCCUGCAGGAGGAGGUGGGCUUUAUCAGCGACUCAUCUGCUCUUCCUGUCUAUAAGCCCCACCCACUUUUCUUCUUUUUUUAUUUCCUCUCUUCCUGAACAGUCCUCCUGCAGUUUAACAGCACACUCACUCAUCAGUGCAGAUGCAGUAUGUUUCCUCUUCUGUUUGUUCUCCUGUCGGGAGGAGGGGGAGGGGGAGGGGUGGCGGGGGGUGUAUGGUUUUGGGGGUGACAGAUAAAUAAAGGGGGGAGGAGAGGGAGGCAAAUUCAACCGUUUAAAGUGUAAAUGUGUAGAAAUUGGGAUGGGAAAUGCUCAUGUAUAGAGCUGUUUAAUGACUCCAGUAUUUGCGUGACUACAGAGCGAGUGUUUGUGAGCGAGCAAGUGUGUGAGAGUGCGAGAAAAAGCGAGUGUGUGUGUGAUCUAAAUUGUCUUUCUACGGUCAUAUUGUUCUCGUUUGUGCUCCUGCUUAAAUGGUUUUUGAGGGUUCGUUUGACUCUGGAAUUUUUUUUUUUUUUUUUUUGGCUGAUGUGUGUUCGUUUGAUUUUAUCGCCAUGGGACUGCCAGGCAGGCGGUGCCAACCAGCCAGCCCUCCGCAUCACAAAACCCAAAACACUCCACUGCAGCUCGCUUCAAGCUCCUCCCACGUCAGGAAUGAUUUGAUUAACUUUUCACACGGCAAAUCUCCUUUUAUGCAGUCUGAUUAUCUUUUUUCUUUUUUCCCAGCCCAACCUGUGCCAUAAACGCAUCACGUUGUUGGAUAUCACACCUUACGAUGUUUCCAUCACACCGUCUACUUUUCUAGAGGGGCUGUUUACGCGCUGGUUGGUACUUUAAAGCUCAAAACAAUGCAGGAGAGAGAGAGAGAGAGACAAAUAAAAGAAAUGAAAAGAUUCUAGAUUAUUAUAGAGAUGUGAACAUUUUUGUGUAAAGAUGAUACUGGAAUCAUUGCACAUUUUUCAUUAAUUUUUUUUUAUAUCUAUAAAUAUAUAUAUAUUGUUUUGUCAUAGCCUUAUUUAUUUGUUUACUAAUGGUCAAAGUUUUUUUUUUCUAUGAUUUGAAUGUUCUCUGGUUGCCUUUUUUUCUUCAGCGAGCGAUCCAGCGUCCCUCCUUCCUGCAGGAGGAUUAGAAAUGGGGGGGGGUAUGGGGAGGAUGCAUGUGGAGGAAGUUUGGCGUCCUCCGGGCAUCAACCUGCUUCAGAAGCUAAAUGAUGUUUUUUUUUUUUUUAUGCAUGGAUGUGGAUGCCUCUCGGGGUUUUCAGACCAAAAGUGAAGCCAACAUUUUGUACACACGGAUACAAAGCAAACGUAACGAUGCUAGUUCAUGUAAAUGUAACACAUUCACACCAGGCGACCAUUUUUAACUCCAGCUAAGAUUUAUUUAAAGCUCUGUUGGAUGAGUUUUGAGAUUCUCCUGACAUCCAGCAGAAGACGGUCCAUCCAAACCCUGUUCAAAAAAACAUGCGAUUUUUGUUUGUAAUAUGUCAGAUGGAUCCGGCAAAGAGGUCGGGUUGUCACGACACCAGAAUGUUAAACUCAGAUACGAUGCUUUUUAAAAUCGAUAUCCAUACCCGUUCUGAUGCCACAAUUGGAUCGUUUCUCAUUUUCAAUGAUCAAAAAGUUGCAGGCCGACUACUACAGAUUCAUUCCUCUCGUACGCAACUGUCGUAUGAAAUGGAGGAAAUGUUUUCUCCACUGUGUGUAACUAGGUGCGUGUGUCUGUAUUAACUGAAACACACACGGAGGGCUCGCUGAUCUGGGGUUUGCAAAUCCAGAAAAAGACGUUUGCAACAUUUUUUUCUGUCUUCUACUUCGCGCGUCUUUUUCAUCCUUCUCUUUCCCGAUUCUUCUCUGACUUGAAUUUCGGUUUUAUAAAACGCAGCGAGCUGUCACUGUUACCUACUUGUGUGCGAAAAUCACGCGGCCUUUUGUGCUGUUGAAGAGUCCGCCUCGUCUGCUACUCGAUCAAGAUGAGGUCGAGAAAUGUUCAGAUUGUCUUUGUACUUGAAGUGUCCUGCAUUUCGCCUUAUUGUCAGCGUGGAUGCACUUAACAUGGCUGAUAUGGGAGAAGUCGAGAUGAUUCUGGCUUCCUGUGGUCUCUGGUUAGUUUGUGGUCGGAGGUGAUUCUGUUCGGCUGCAGGUUUGCACUCAAGGUUUUCUGUUGUACCCUGAAUCGGAGAAUCGGGAUCUUUAUGUUCUCUGUGUGAAUCCAGAAGCCUUCUCGUGUGCCCUGGAACACAAAAGAGCGCCCCCCCCCUCUCCCGGCCCCGCCCCCCCAGCUCGAUCAUGUGUACAUGUGUACUAUACUGAGUGAUGACAUACUGUAAACUACGUACGUGCAGUUUUUUGUUUUCUAACUGUGGAAGCUUGCUGUGGUGAGCACUGCCCUCCUGCUUGUAAAUGAGACGUCCUGAUUCGUUGAAAAUGCCUUUAAUUUUUCUUUCUCCAUCUGACGUCAUCAAAGCGUGCCUACUCGCCGUCCCACCGAGGGAUCCCGCUGUACAGAACACCCCAGCAGAGGAGCACGUGGGCCUGUGUGUGUGUGUGUGAGACUGAGAUCAUGAGUGCAUCUGUUUGUGUGUGUGUGUCGCCCACCGAUGCUGUGCGAUCUCCGCUCGGUUCCUCGCUGUUCUCGUCGUCCCGAGCGAUGCUGACUUGAACAUCUUGUUUUAAAGUUUGUGCUGAUUUAAAGAUGUUUUUGUAAACAAUGUUUUGUGUCUGAAUCCGCGGAGCUCCUGAUCAUCUGAUUUUUUUUUUUCUUCCCUCUGUCCACUUUUCUUUUUUUGGUUUCUUUUUGUUGUCGUUGUGUACAGAUGAAAAUUGGACAGUUUGUUAAUAAUAAUAAAGUCUGCAAGGUUUCUA